UGGCAGUCUUCUUAAAAUCAUUGAAAAUAACGACUUCUUCCCCACGUAAUAACAUCCGUCACUAGCGCUGUCUUUUCCUCUCGCUGAAGCGAAACUUGGUAUCUCGCCUCCACGUACGUCCGUACGUAUCAAUACCCCCAACGAAUCCAAAUUUACCAUCCUAACCGUAUCGAACGACAUUAAAUAAACACAAUCAUUCGAUACUUCCCAGCGGAAUAUAUACCUGACAUUAAUUAGUCUUCAGCUCUACCCGCUUCCCCACCUCAUGAACUUUCUAUUCGCCCGCGCCCCGUCAAUACGAAUCGCCCCCACUCCAACCGCUCCCAGAUCCAUCUCCCAUUCUGUAUCAGUCUCAAAAGCACUCCCAUUUUAUCUCAACAAUUUACGCUCAACAGAACAAAAUGACGGCAAAGUCUUGCGUAUGCUCAUGUUUGGAAAGCCCGGUGCUGGCAAGGGAACACUCUCAGCCCGCCUCGUGAAGAAGUAUGACAUACUGUCACUCUCCACGGGGGACCUUUUGAGGCAGCACAUCGCGGAGGGAACUGAAAUUGGCAGACAAGCAGAGGAAAUCGUUGCACAAGGAAACUUACUUCCCGAUGAUGUCAUGCUAAAAGUAGUCGCGAGUAAACUCGAGUCACUCAAUAACAGGCAUUGGAUUUUGGACGGCUUUCCACGAACGUUGGGUCAAGGCAAACUGCUUGAUAGCUAUCUUCAGAACCAAAAUACCCCAUUAAGUCUUGUUGUCAACUUGGAUGUCGCGGACAAUGUCAUCCUGAGUCGGAUAUCUGACCGCUGGGUUCAUUUGCCAUCUGGUCGUGUGUACAACAUGUCAUACAACCGACCCAAAGUGGAUGGCUUCGAUGACGAGACAGGUGAACCAUUGACGAAGCGACCUGAUGAUAACCCUGACAUAUUCUCUCGCCGCCUCAAGCAAUUUUACGAUUCCACGUCGCCCCUCCUCGCAUAUUACGCAUCACCAGGCAACAAAUCGGCACGACUUGUUACUUUGCAAGGCGAGACGUCGGACGAGAUUUGGCCGCAGCUAGACGCCGUUGUGCGAAGGUCGUUCCCGGCCGUUCGGGAACGCGCUUCAAGCAUUGCCAAGCGGCGGUAUAGUCUCAGCGACCCAUUUGCAAUGGAAAGAGAGAAGCGAGCUAUCAAGCGAGCUGCGGCUGGUGAUGGGCCUAAUCCAUCUAAAUUCUUUAAUUAGCCGUGUUGCGUAGUUGAGUGUUUUGCUGUUCGCUUUUCCGCAAUUUCGCCAGUUGUGACUUGUUCGGGUCGAUAUUGCAUGUUUUUUUGUUCUUCCUACGUCUCAACUACGUCUUUCGAAUAUUCUUGACAUCUUACCGUGUUUUUUAUCAAUUGUAUUUUUACGCCUGCAAUUACACUGAUAGGAAUGCAGCAUUGGAUCACUGCAGUUGGCUACCGACACGUUUCGACAUUUUAUGUCAGAUCUGGACCUGGCUAGAGUAUUCGAGACCUAGCCUAGAGCACUCUAGAAUACCUUUCGAAUGCAAUUUCACUGGCGGUAAAAGGUGG